AUGUCAUACGAUUACCUAUUCAAAUACCUAAUCAUCGGAGACACAGGUGUGGGAAAAACGUGUCUGCUUCUUCAAUUUACCGACAAGAGAUUCAAACCUGUCCACAAUCUUACCAUUGGUGCUGAGUUUGGUAAUAGAGUGGUCACCGUCGAUGGUCGGUCCAUAAAAUUUCAUAUUUGGGACACGGCUGGACAAGAGACUUUUAGAUCCAUCACAAGAUCAUUUUAUAGAAGAGCCGUGGGCGCGUUACUUGUUUACGACAUCACCAGAAGAGAGACGUUUAAACAUGUAGCAAGUUGGUUGGAAGAUGUUCAGCAACAAGUGACUCAAAACAUGAGUAUUAUUCUAAUUGGAAACAAAUGCGAUCUUGUUCGCAAGAGAGCUAUUAGCAAAGAGGAAGGAGAAGAGUUUGCUAAACAACAUGGUCUAUUGUUUUUGGAAACGUCUGCACGAACAUCUCAAAACGUUGACGAGGCUUUCAUAAAGACUGCUGAAAAUAUCCUCGAGAAAAUUCAGAACGGCGAUUUUGAUUUAUCGAACGAGUCACUAGGGAUCACGAUCGGAGAUUCGCGUUCUCCUCGAGGUGAUGCUGGUGGAAGAUAUGGUACCAGCUCCCAGCUAGAUGAUGGCUGUUGUAAUUAUUAG